CCUUUUACUCGAGUAAAUUUUUUUACCCACUAACCAGCUUCAUCUUCAGAGUUUUUCAUCUUUCUCUCUCUUUAUCUUCAUCAUCAUCAUAUGCACCUUGAGCCCCUUUUUAAAACGUUUAUUAGUAAUUCCAUUAUCUUAAAUUAAAGAAGCUAGUGAAUCAAUUAUAUGUUGGAUUGAUUGAGAGAUUGAAAUUUAACCAAUAAUCAAAAUGAUUUUAUAAAAAUUUAAGUUUCCAUUUUUACCCUGGUUAUUUGUGUUUUAAUUUUCAUCACCAUCACCAUCACUUUCAACCAUCAACCAUCAACCAUAAUCUACAUUAACAUCCACCAUCCACAUCUUCAUUAUCAACAGUAUAAUCAUCAUCCUCAUCCUCAUCCUCAUCUUCAUCUUCAUCCUCAUCAUCGUUAAUAUAUAUCAUCUUUAGUGUUAAAAUCUUCAAAUAUCUCCACAAUAUAUUAGAAUUGAUCAUUUUCUCCCUGUUCCUUCUCUCUCUCUCUCUCUCUUUUCUCUCUUUCUUGCUCUCAUAGAAAAUUAAAUGUCCUCAUUUAACUUUAUCCUUUCCUUUUGAUACCUUUUGAUGUAUUCUCGCUACAUUAGAUAUUAUAUUAGCUCCAUGGUUAAUAUAAUAAUAAUAUCAUGAUACUGGAUAGUAACAUGAUGAAAUUGAAGAUGAUUAUAAUCUUAUGAAUGAUAAUAUUAUCAAAUUCUUUACUUGUGAUACAACAAUUAUUAACAAUAUUAGUUUACUGUCGGAAACUGUUGGAAAUAGUUUAUUGUUUUCCGUUAAAAUUUAAUUAGUGAUUAUUGAUGAAUAAUUAACGUUACCAUGUUUUAAAGUGAAAAUAAUAAUCUAAAUGCUUAAAUUGACAAUUAUAAAAGGUGAAAACAAUUUAAAAUGGAAACCAGCUAAUUAAAAGUGUUAUGUUUAAAUCAGUGAUACCCUCGGGAUCAAGGAAGAGGUUAAUCAUCUUCAUCACAAACAAUACAAUCUCAAUAACAAUUAGUUAAAUCACAAUUUUGGAUUAAAUCAACAACCCAAUUUAGUUUUUUCUUUUUGCAAAUCAAAGGAGUUGAAAAACCAGCAACCAAUUGAUUGUGUCAAAAUCUAAUCAUCAUACACAAUUUAAUUAACGAUGAUAAUCCGUCUGAUAAGCCAAUGGAUAUUUGUGUACAGUCUAAUAAUCAUGUUAAUCAUGGUAAUCAGGAUAAAUUGUAUCAAUGGUUUAGCUGAUGUUGAUAUUGGUGAAAAAGGUAACGCCUUGGGACAAAAUAUAACUCGCAUUUUGAAUGCAUUUUUUGCCAGUGGAUAUGAUAAAAGGGUACGACCUAAUUAUGGAGGUCCACCAGUUGAAGUAGGAAUAAGUGUUUACUUUACAAGUAUAAGUUCAGUCUCUGAGGUUAAAAUGGAUUUUACCUCUGACUUUUAUUUUAGACAAGGUUGGAAUGACCCUAGAUUAGCAUUUGACCCUCUUCCAGGCAUAAGUAACCUUUACGUGGGUGCUGAGGUAGCCAAGAAAAUUUGGGUUCCCGAUACUUUCUUUGCCAAUGAAAAGCAAGCCUCCUUCCAUGUUGCCACAACACCCAAUAGAUUCCUUCGUAUAGCCUAUGAUGGAUCGGUUUACCAAAGUAUUAGGUUAACAGUAACUGCAAGUUGUCCAAUGUCUUUACAAUACUUUCCUAUGGAUAGACAAGCCUGCUCAAUAGAAAUAGAAAGUUAUGGUUACUCUAUGCUGGAUAUUAAAUAUGUUUGGUCAAAGGGUAACAAGUCAGUGGGAGUUCAAGGAGAUGUGACAUUACCACAGUUUAAAAUUAUGGGUCAUGAACAAGAAUCAGCAAUUGCUGCAUUAACAACAGGCAAUUACUCUCGAUUGAUUUGUAAAAUUAAAUUUUCACGAAGUUUGGGUUUCUAUUUGAUACAAAUAUACAUCCCCGCAAGCCUUAUAGUGGUGAUAAGUUGGGUAUCAUUUUGGUUACAUCGUAAUGCAACUCCGGCUAGAGUUUCACUGGGUGUGACCACUGUCCUUACAAUGACAACUUUAAUGUCUUCAACAAAUGCCCAACUUCCGAAAAUAUCUUAUAUCAAAUCGAUUGAUGUUUUCCUUGGAACUUGUUUCGUUAUGGUUUUCGCUUCCCUCCUUGAAUAUGCGACCGUUGGUUAUCUUGGUAAACGUAUUGCAAUGAGAAAAUCGAGAAUUGAACAGUUAACCAAAUUGGCCGACGAGCAUCGGAGAAAGUGUGCAGCCGCAGCAGCCGCUGCUGAGGCUGCCGCAGCCGAACAAAGUGCCGCACAAGUUCCCCCUCAAUUAAUCUGUGCCACAACAGGAUUGCCCCUCGAUCCUGCUCUUCAACUACCCUGUGGUAUUAAAAAUCCGGUUCAUCAUCAAGGUAAUCGUUGUAUCGGUGGACCACCUCCUAAAAUGGUCUAUGGUGGUUGUCCUCAGAAAAUGAAUCCAAGAAUUUUGGAAGCGAAACAAUCAUCAGGUAAAAUGAUUAAUGAAUCAAGCUCAAUAGCCCUUGGAGGUGGUGGUGGAGGAGGAGGAGGUGGACCUGGUGGUGGACCUAAUCAACCACCGACUCCUGUACCUUUUGGACCUAAAGAUCCUAAUCGGAUGUUAGGUGUAAGCCCAAGUGAUAUUGAUAAAUAUUCUCGAGUUGUAUUUCCUGUUUGCUUUAUUUGCUUCAAUCUCAUGUAUUGGAUCAUCUAUAUGCAUAUUAGCGCCUCUGGUUCACCGAAUUAGUUUCAAAUUGUUUGGAGAGAAAAUUUUCACAAUUAGUUAAAUCAUCGAGACAAUUUGAAAAUGAUCAACCAUAAUAAUAAAAGGAAAAUAACAAUUCGUAUUCACUGAUAAGCAACAUCAAUAAGUCAACUUGAACCUCAAAUUGUUGCCAUUGGUUUCCAACAAUCAAAUGAUUAUAAUGAAUUCUAAAGAGGAGUUUAUUGUUUCCUAAUUAUCAUUUAUCUCUCUCUCUCUCUCUCUCUCUCUUUUGUAAAAUUGAUCAUCUAUUCCGUUAACAAUUAAUUAAUGGGAAAGCAAAACAAUCGAUGAUAAUCAUCAACUCACCUUAAAUCAAAUUAGAAACAAAAAAUUGGAAAAGCAAACAAUUUACUAAUCAUCAUCACAAUUAACAAAACCACAACGUAAACAACAGCUCACAACAAUCGGAUACUCAAAAGCUACAAUUGAAAAGCUCAUAAAUUGAAUCAAAUAUAAAAACAAUUUAACUAAUAGUUAACAAAAUUAAGAUUAACUGUAAUCAAAUUAACAAUCAAAUUUGUCGGAUAAUUACAGUUAUCAAUGUUAAAUUGAGCUACUAAUCCAACAUGGUGGCAACAACAAUUAAAAUCAAUCGAUCAACAAGAAGGAAUUAACAAAAACAACACCAUCAACAUUUACAAAAAUCCUCUAGGUUGUUAUUAUUUAUAAUUAAGAUUAAGACUAAUUAAUUAUUAUCAAUGUUAUCAUAGGAAAUAUGAUUAAGAUACUAUUGUUUUAACAUGAUCAUCUUUUGUUAUCAUUUACAAGGCAACAAUUAAUAUUAUGUUUUAUCCUCUUCUCUGAUCAUCAACAUCGUUAUCAUCACAAUCAUAAUCAUCAUCAACAGUAUCAUCAUAAUCAUCACCAUCAUUAUCAUCAUUAUCAUCAUCUUAAUCAUCUUCUUUGCCAAAAGUUGUGUUUUUUUAUUGCAAACAAUUAACUUUAAUUGCAGAAAACAAGUAACCAAAUGAUUGAGAUACAAAGUGAAAGCUAUUAAAAGAUUGGACGAAAUCAAA